AUGCCGACCGCUUUAGAUCGCGCUUUAAACUCCAAGAAUCUUUUCCUGGGGUUUGCCGGAAUGGUCACGGCUGCAGCCGCUUGGGCCAUCUGGGGUAACGACAUGUUUCCCGCAGAAGCCGACCCAACCGGAGAUCCGGAGAACUGGACUGCAGAUGAAAUGCAGAGAUGGCUUCGUGCUAGGGGUCUUUUGCCCAGCGCAAGAGCAUCACGCGAGGAGUUGCUCGAGCGCAUCAAAGCAAACCUGCGCGUGCCACGAAGGGGCGCGGCAUAAGCAGUACAAUGGUGGUGGUGCAAGGUAGCAAUUGGUCGGUUUCGGUUUUUUCUCGUCCACUUGGCGUAACACGGAGUGUCUUGAUGAGGGUUUCUUUCAUUGUCCUUUUUCUUUUACCCCAGAAUUUGUGCGGUCGCAUCGUUGAGUAAUAGCGCAUCAUAUCGUGGUUAUGCCAUCAUACCCCACCAGUGGAAUCGUUAUAAGCAGGAAAUUGGCGCCGGAAGAAACAGUGUUUUUUUUGUGUAGACUCGGCAAUCAUAGCUCAAACCACCAGUCGGAAAUUCU